AGUCGCCUCCGGAUAGCGGACCGCAGCAGACUUCGCCUUCCGCCGCUCGCCGCCCUCGCCGCUGCCGGCCUCCCCGACGCUCCUUGUCGACCCGCCCCGCUCAGACGCAGGAUGCUGCGCCCGCAGACGCUGCUGUUGGUGGCGGCGUGCCUGGCCGCCGUCGCGCACGCCCAGCGCCGCCUCGCCCUGCCCGACCCCCGCAGCUGCGCCAACCGCGUGAGGCACGCCAACUACCGCGACGCGCGUGGCGUGGCGCACUCGUACUUCUUCAGCUGGGAGCACGGCCCCACCAGCCGCCUGGAGGUGGACUGGCUGGACGCGCGCAACAUCUGCCGGCGCCACUGCAUGGACGCCGUCUCCAUGGAGACGCCCCAGGAGAACGAGUUCAUCAAGCAGCGCAUUGCGCGCGGUAACGUCCGCUACAUUUGGACGUCCGGCCGCAAGUGCAACUUCAACGGCUGCGACCGCCCCGACCUGCAGCCCGCCAACAUCAACGGCUGGUUCUGGUCCGGCUCCGGUGCCAAGAUCGGGCCCACCACCCAGCGCAACUCCGGCGACUGGAGCGCUACCGGCGGCUUCGGGCAGCAACAGCCCGACAACCGCGAGGCCGCCCAGGGCAACGACGAGUCCUGCCUGUCCAUCCUGAACAACUUCUACAACGACGGCAUCAAGUGGCACGACGUGGCCUGCCACCACCUGAAGCCCUUCGUGUGCGAGGACAGCGACGAGCUGCUCAACUUCGUUCGCUCCCGCAACCCAGGCAUCCGCCUCUGAGCGUCUCGCCGACUCGGCGGCCCCAACACACCCUCCCCCUGUGAAUACUACCCCGCGUGUCUGUAGAAUAGCGCGCACUUUUUGUAUUUAAAUAAUAAAGUAUUUUAAUAUAAUUAUUACAUCUAAUAA